AUGGCUACACGGAAGCCAGCGCGCAUCUUCGCUGGCAUCGGUGUCGGCCUCCUGAUCCUAUGGCUUUUGUUCAUGUCUCGGACCGCCCCAGCCGCUGUUGGCCUUCGCAUGGCCGACUGGAAGGGCACAGGCCUGCUCCGCAACAACAAGCCCGGCGAUGUCAUCAACGACGUUUUCAAUGCCUCACUCGGCUUUGAAAAGAUCUUUGUGGUUGGUCUGCCAGAGCGCACUGACCGCCGAGAUGGCAUUGUUCUCCAGGCUGCCUUCUCCGACCUGGAAUUUGAAUUCAUUGAUGGCAUCUCUGGCGAGAAGGUAGCCGACAAGGCUAUCCCCAAGACCACCGAGCAUGAUCGGUUGGAUAAUGGUGCCAUCGGGUGCUGGCGCGCUCAUAUGAACGCCUUGCAAGAGGUUGUGAGGAGAAAUCUCGGGUCUGCUCUUAUCUUGGAGGAUGAUGCAGAUUGGGACGUGAGAAUCAGACAGCAGCUCUACGACAUGGCCUUGUCCUCACAGGCCCUAAUCCAACCUUUGGCCGGAACUACAAAUAGCUUCGCAGACAAGACUUAUCGACCUCCACCUGAAGGGCCCCCCAAGGGAGUCCCUGAAUUCCCCAUAAAUCGCCUUCCAAAGACUGUCCCCGCAACCGUUACGCCAUACGGCGACAUGUGGGAUCUUAUCUGGGUCGGUCACUGCGGUAUGCGCAUGCCUCCUGCCGACAGUCCUGUGCCCAGAGGCCGCGUUGUUAGUGUCAACGACGAAUCUGUACCAGAGAAGAGGUACCUCUGGUCUCUCGCCCCUCCCUUUACUCUCAAGGACGAAUAUCCUGAUCAUACCCGUGUCGUCCACCACGCCCAGGAGGGUGUCUGCACCCUUGGCUACGCCGUCACCCAGCGAGGCGCACGCGCGCUCCUCCAAGAAGUUGCUCUCAAGGAUGUUGGCGACCCUGUCGAUAUUCUUCUCCGAUUUUACUGUGAGGGAGGUAAGGGCCGACGAAACCAUAACUGCCUGGCUAUUCAACCUGCUCUCUUCAACCACCACCGAACGGAGGGCCCAAGGAGCGCCAUGAGCAACAUUGGCUCCCACGAAGGCUGGCAAGACAAGCCAUCGACCGACAUGACCAGGUGGAGCGUCAGGCUCAAUGUCGAGAGGCUACUUGAUGGCCAAGAGAUGUGGGAUCAGUUGCCAAACCAGAACCCAGCAUAA